GCACAGUCUCCAAGCCCCCUGCCCGGAGGAGGGGGCUACAUUGUGUCUAUUGUAGCUUUUGGCCGCCUAUUCGGGAGACCUUCUCUGGACGGUGAAAUCGGGCCUGAAAAGCAUGGCUGAUGAGCAGGAAAUCAUGUGCAAGCUGGAGAGCAUCAAAGAGAUCAGGAACAAGACCAUGCAGAUGGAGAAGAUCAAGGCACGGCUGAAGGCAGAGUUUGAAGCCCUAGAGUCGGAAGAGCGGCAUCUGAAGGAGUACAAGCAAGAGAUGGAUCUCUUGCUACAGGAAAAGAUGGCCCAUGUGGAAGAACUGCGUCUGAUCCAUGCUGACAUCAACGUGAUGGAGAACACCAUCAAACAGUCAGAGAAUGACCUCAACAAGUUGUUGGAGUCCACACGGCGGCUGCAUGAUGAGUAUAAGCCCCUAAAGGAGCAUGUGGAUGCUCUCCGCAUGACCUUGGGCCUACAGAGGCUUCCGGACCUAUGUGAAGAGGAGGAGAAGCUGUCCCUGGAUUACUUCGAGAAGCAGAAGGCUGAGUGGCAGACGGAACCUCAGGAGCCACCCAUCCCAGAGUCCCUUGCUGCUGCUGCUGCAGCAGCCCAACAGCUACAAGUGGCUAGGAAACAAGACACCCGGCAGACAGCCACAUUCAGACAACAGCCCCCACCCAUGAAGGCCUGCCUGUCAUGUCACCAGCAAAUCCACCGGAAUGCCCCCAUCUGCCCCCUGUGCAAAGCCAAGAGUCGCUCCAGGAACCCCAAGAAGCCAAAGAGGAAACAGGAUGAAUGAAAAGAAGAUCAGCAUCAAGGAGCUCCCCUGCUCAGAGAGCCCCUUCCCCUGGGCCAGAGGGAUUGAAGUCCAGGCGUGAGCCUUCCUCCCCUUCUCCUUCCAUUCUUCCCUUCUUCUCUUCUUCCCUCUGCCCUCCCUCAUCUUGUAUUUAGUGGGACGGAAGCACAACUCUUCUCUCAUGUUCUUAUUCCUUCCAGCCCUUGGGAUUUGGGGUUAGGAAGACAUAGGUUUCAGGUACUAAGGUCUGUGUGUCUGACAGCUCCUCAACCCCUGACUGCUGCCCCUCCCUUCCCCCUCCCAACUUCAGGAUAUCAGGUGGUGGCAGAAGGCGUCCAGGGGCCUGAUGGGCUAACAUCCCUGCCAAUGGUGGAUAAUGGUGGGGUAAGUUGCUGGUUACUCACUGGGGCCCCAUGUCCCAAAUGGGGCUGGCACUCAAGAAUUGUGGGAUCAAGGAGGCCCAUUGGUCCAGGUUGAGGUGGGGGAGGGGGAUACCACUCAUCAACAUCGGCUACAGCAGAGGGACCUUUGAAGAUCAUCAUUGCCGUUAGUCCCUUUAGAAUUUGGAAAUCUAACAGUAGAUUUCCUCCCUCCCUCCCUCCCUCCAUCAAGGGCAUUGCUUCUCCAGCUUGGUAGGUAGCAGUCGCCUCCAGCAGACAGGUGCCAGGCAUGUGCCACCAUUUGGUUUCCUGAGCACUCAGAACAGCUGCCUUCUUUUCAUUCGAACUCUAGUCCUGCCCAUGCCUUCCAGUCUCCUUUGGGGGCCAGUCUUAAAGGUGCUGCUGUCUUUAAGGCUGUGGAAGCAGCUUGCAUAACCCACCUAUUUCACUUUCAGAACCAGUCCAGUUGGGUGGUCCUCCCUCUCAUUUAUUUCCCAGGGGCCUAGAUGCUGACACAGAAGAAUGUGGCUGGCCCAUUCUUCCUUUCCCUCUCUUUUCCCCUAAUGGGACCAUUAAGUCCUAUCCACUUACCCAGCCCCCUGAACCCUUAUCAUGAAACUAAUGCAAAAACCCAUUUUCCUGGGUACCUCCUUGACCACUGCUUAUCUUGGCUGAGUGGCUAUUUGCAGCUCUGCACUCCCUGGGAAGGGCCACUAACAUUUGUCAGCCUGUUAGCUUUGAAGAACUAAUUCCCUUACAUUUGAUCAAUGGUGCUUUUCUGGGGGGCUGAGGGCAUGGGAGCUGGUGGGUAGUUCAUUCUGGAUAAGGCCCUGUUCCAUAUUUCCAUGGUCCCAGCCCUCAUCUUCGUUUUGGAGCUGUGCUGUGGAUGUGUUGUUAUCGAUGUGAGUCAGUUAACCCCUCUGUUAGGCCUCCAGCCACUCCCCUCAUACACUUGGGUCAGUAGGACAGAUGGAGAUGGGGGGACCCUCCAGGAUGGUCCAUUUCCUCAAGGAAACCCCAUCCCAUUAGCCACAUAGAGCCCUUCUGAACUCAAGGCCUCCUUCCCUGGGGACCAUGGUCACAGCUUCUGAGCACACCUCUCCCCUGACUUACCAUCCCCUCCUUUAAGUAGAAGAGAAAGCUCCGGGCUCCUCACUGCCAUACAGGUCACUCUUGUGGAGACCUUUCCUGGUGUUAAGGGGGUAGGCCUUGGCCAAGUUUGAAAAAGCUUCAACCCCAGGUCCCUGGCAGGGGGCAUUUUUUUCCUUCCUUGUUUACCAGUAGUUUUAGUGAGUUGCCCCCAGGGGCUAUGUGUUCAUAACCCAAAAGGCUUCUCAGCUUCUUGGACUUAUGUGUGUUAUACCACUUGUCUAUACAAAUCCUAUUAAAUAAACAUCAUUCCAGGUUCCUGUGACAA